GGAAUCCCAUGGCAGUGUUUUGAACAGAACCAUGGUUAUCCAAUUCUGGCAAACAGUGCAAUUAAAGCACAUAAAUUGAACAUGGACCACGCACAUUCCACACCAUGAAAUUCGAAGCAUCAUUCGCCAAAUUUUGUUAUCCCACGACCCUGUGUGGGCGUGUAUAUAUCAGUUCUGACUCACUCACUGGUAUUACAAAUGGCUAACAUUAUGCGGAAUGCUGAUCCUCCCGCGCUCCUUUCCUGCAACUUGUUGUUGUUGUUUUUCAUUAUUCUCUUUAGUUUUCUCCCACAAACCAUAGCGCUGCAGUAUCAAGUUUCGAAAACAUUCAUCUUCAGAAUCGAUUCAGAAUCGAAGCCGUCAGUUUUCCCCACACACUACCACUGGUACACCUCCGAGUUCGCAGACCCAACCCGCAUCCUCCAUCUCUACGACACCGUUUUCCACGGCUUCUCCGCAGUUCUCACCCACCAACAAGUCGCUUCUCUCGGCCAGCACCCCUCCGUCCUCGCCGUCUUCGAGGACCGCCGCCGCCACCUUCACACCACUCGCUCCCCUCAGUUUGUUGGCCUCAGAAACCAGCGUGGCCUGUGGUCCGAAACUGACUACGGAUCCGACGUUAUCAUCGGAGUGUUCGACACUGGAAUCUGGCCGGAGCGCCGCAGCUUCAGCGACUCCAACUUGGGCCCCAUUCCUAAACGCUGGAAAGGGGUUUGCGAAAGCGGCGUGAGAUUCUCUCCCAGUAACUGUAACAGGAAAUUGAUCGGUGCCAGAUUCUUCUCUAAAGGCCACGAGGCAAGCGGCACUUCCUUUAACGACACCGUCGAAUUCCGUUCGCCUCGAGACGCGGAUGGCCACGGAACCCACACGGCGUCAACCGCGGCGGGCCGUUACGUUUUCGAAGCCAGCAUGGCCGGCUAUGCUUUUGGAGUCGCAAAGGGCGUGGCUCCCAAAGCAAGACUAGCCAUGUACAAGUUGUGUUGGAAGAAUUCCGGUUGCUUUGACUCUGACAUUCUCGCGGCCUUUGACGCCGCCGUGGCCGACGGCGUUGACGUCAUUUCUAUGUCCAUCGGCGGUGGCGACGGCAUUUCCUCCCCUUACUAUCUUGACCCCAUUGCCAUCGGGUCUUACGGUGCAGUUUCAAGAGGUGUGUUUGUGUCUUCUUCGGGUGGAAACGACGGGCCCAGUGGCAUGUCGGUGACAAACCUCGCUCCGUGGUUGACAACCGUCGGAGCAGGCACCAUUGAUCGUGAUUUUCCGGCGGAGGUUAUAUUGGGAAACGGACGAAGACUCUCCGGGGUAUCUCUGUACUCCGGAGAGCCGUUGAAGGGGAAAAUGUAUCCCUUAAUAUACCCCGGAAAAUCAGGGGUUCUGACGGAUUCUCUGUGCAUGGAAAACUCAUUAGACCCCGAACUGGUAAAAGGGAAGAUAGUGGUUUGCGACAGAGGAAGUAGUGCGAGGGUUGCGAAGGGGUUGGUGGUGAAGAAAGCCGGUGGAGUGGGAAUGAUUCUGGCUAACGGAAUAUCCAACGGAGAAGGUCUUGUUGGGGACGCUCAUCUUCUUCCCGCGUGUGCGCUUGGUGCUAACUUUGGAGACGAAAUCAAAGAAUACAUUAAUUUCUCCGCGAACCCCACGGCUACAAUUGAUUUCAAAGGCACCGUGGUGGGAAUCAGACCGGCACCCGUUGUGGCGUCGUUUUCGGCGAGGGGGCCCAACGGGUUGAGUUUGGAAAUACUUAAACCGGAUUUGACGGCACCGGGGGUCAACAUUCUGGCGGCCUGGACCGGUGGGGUUGGGCCUUCUGGGUUGGACUCCGACACCAGAAGAACCGAAUUCAACAUAUUGUCGGGCACCUCAAUGGCGUGUCCUCACGUGAGUGGCGCAGCGGCCUUGUUGAAGUCGGCGCACCCUGAUUGGAGCCCCGCGGCCAUAAGGUCUGCCAUGAUGACAACCGCCACGGUUUUUGACAACACCAACGCUCUGAUGAUUGAUCAAGCCACCGGGAAUGCUUCCACGCCCUAUGAUUUUGGCGCUGGCCAUCUCAACCUCGCUCUCGCAAUGGACCCUGGCUUGGUUUACAACAUUACCCCCCAUGAUUAUGUCACCUUCCUCUGUGCUAUUGGUUACGGGCCCAGGUUGAUUCAGGUCAUUACCGGAUCGCCGCCGAAUUGUCCUCGGAGGAGGCCCUUGCCGGAGAAUCUCAAUUACCCGUCGUUUGUGGCGGUCUUACCGGUGUCGUCGUCGUUGUUGAGCAAGACGUUCUUCAGGACGGUGACGAAUGUGGGCCCGCCGAGUGCGGUGUAUCGGGUGAGGGUGGAGACGCAGGCGGAGGGGGUGGCGGUGACGGUGAGGCCGUCGCAGCUUGUAUUUUCGGAAGCAGUUAAGAAGCGGAGUUUUGUGGUGACUGUGACGGCGGAUGGACGGAAUCUGGAGCUGGGUCAGGCUGGGGCAGUGUUCGGGUCCCUUUCGUGGACGGAUGGGAAGCACGUGGUUCGGAGCCCCAUGGUGGUUACUCAAGCUCAACCGCUUUAAUUUUUGCGAAACUUGCGCUCAGGCACUUUUAAUCGAUGUGGCCAUUCGUCAAAGGUCAAACAAAGAUGCCUUAUAGUUUCUUCUUUUCUUUUAAUUUUCUAGUGUUUUUACUUUUACAUGAUGAUGUGUCUCUCUUGAAUGCCUCUCUCAUCAAGAAUGUGGCAACGUGCUUUAGUUAUAGCAUGAAAUAGUUGCAUUUUUCCUUUUUUGUUUUGGGUUUCCUUUAAAUUUCAUUGUGUAUGUUAUAGGCUAGAAGAUUACUUAUACUCCAUGCAACGAACUUAAUUUAUAUAUGUAAUCUCAGUCAAGAUUAUUGCGUA